AUGGACCCGGGCCCGGAGGACGCGGCCGCAGAGGUACCGCCCGCGCCCCGGCCCCGCCGCCGCCGCUCCCUGCGCCGCCUGUUCAGCCGCUUCCUGCUGGCGCUGGGCAGCCGCUCCCGGCCGGGAGAGUCACCGCCCCGACCCCGACCCCCACCCCAGCCUGGGCCGGACGAUGGCGAUGGGGGUUUUGCCUGCGUCCCGGGCCCGGGUCCAUCCAUCUCCGGGAGCCCCGGACCGGAGCGCCCUCCUCCUCCUCCGGGACCCCAACCCCAACUCCCCGCCGGCGACGGGGCGCGGCCGCCCGGCGCGCAGGGCUUGAAGAACCACGGCAACACCUGUUUCAUGAACGCCGUGGUGCAGUGUCUCAGCAACACCGACCUGCUGGCCGAGUUCCUGGCGCUUGGGCGCUACCGGGCGGCGCCCGGCCGCGCCGAGGUCACCGAGCAGCUGGCGGCGCUGGUGCGCGCGCUCUGGACGCGCGAAUACACGCCCCAACUUUCUGCCGAGUUCAAGAAUGCUGUUUCUAAGUACGGCUCUCAGUUCCAAGGCAAUUCCCAGCAUGAUGCCCUGGAAUUCCUGCUCUGGUUGCUGGACCGUGUCCACGAGGACUUGGAGGGCUCGGCCCGGGGGCUGGUGUCUGAGAAGCUGCCCCCAGAAGCUGGCAAGGCCUCCGAGGGCCUCCUGCCAUCACCAGCUCCGCUUUCUGGAGGCCAGAGCUUUGUGCAGAGCCACUUCCAAGCACAGUACAGAUCUUCCCUGACUUGUCCCCACUGCCUGAAACAAAGCAACACCUUUGAUCCUUUCCUGUGUGUGUCCCUUCCCAUCCCCUUGCGCCAGACGAGAUUCCUGAGCGUCACCUUGGUCUUCCCCUCUAAGAGCCAGCGGUUCCUGCGGAUUGGCUUGGCCGUGCCCAUCCUCAGCACAGUGGCUGCUCUCAGGAAAAUGGUUGCAGAGGAAGGAGGCGUCCUGGCAGAUGAGGUGAUCCUAGUUGAAUUGUAUCCCAAUGGAUUCCAGCGGUCCUUCUUUGAUGAAGAGGACCUGAAUACCAUUGCAGAGGGAGAUAACAUAUAUGCUUUCCAAGCCCCUUCCGUACCCAGUCAGGGAAUACUCUCAGCUCAUCCACCAGGUCUGUCUAUGUCCCCACGCUUGGCAGCCCGUGAGAGCCAGCGAGUCUCCCUGCCUCUCUACAGUGAGAGCAGGGUUCCCAUCCUCUUCUGUAACCUAGUGGGAUCAGGGCAGAAGGCCAGCAGGUUUGGGCCACCAUUCCUGAUACAGGAAGACAGAACAAUUUCCUGGGCCCAGCUCCAGCAAAGUGUUCUCAGUAAAGUCCGCUGUCUCAUGAGGAGUGAGGUCCCUGCACAGAAUUUAGCAUCUCUAUUCUCCAUCCGGGUUGUGGGGCUUUCACUGGCCUGCAGCUACUUAUCCCCACAGGACAGCCGGCCCCUCUGUCACUGGGCAGUGGACAGGGCUUUGCACCUCAGGAGGCCUGGAGGCCCUGCUCAUGUCAAGCUGGCGGUGGAGUGGGAUAGCUCUGUCAAGGAGCGUCUGUUCGGGAGCCUCCAGGAAGAGCGGGUCGAGGACGCAGACAGCGUGUGGAGGCAGCAGCAGGCACAUCAGCAGCCCAGCUGUACCCUGGACGAAUGUUUUCAGUCUUACACCAAGGAGGAGCAGCUGGCCCAGGAUGAUGCGUGGAGGUGCCCUCACUGCCAGGUCCUCCAGCAGGGCGUGGUGAAGCUGAGUCUGUGGACCCUGCCCGACAUCCUCAUCAUCCACCUGAAGCGGUUCUGUCAGGUGGGGGAGAGGAGGAACAAGCUCUCCACUCUGGUGAAGUUCCCGCUCUCUGGACUCAACAUGGCCCCCCACGUGGCGCAGAGGAGCACCAGCUCCAAGGCCGGGCCGGGCCCCUGGCCCUCCUGGAAGCCACCAACCUGCCUGCCCACUGCUUACCCGCUGGACUUCCUUUAUGACUUGUACGCUGUCUGCAACCACCACGGCAGUCUGCAAGGUGGGCAUUACACAGCUUAUUGCCGGAACUCCCUGGAUGGCCAAUGGUACAGCUUCGACGACAGCACUGUGGAGCCUCUGCAAGAAGAUGAGGUCAGCACCAGGGGGGCGUACAUCCUGUUCUAUCAGAAGCGAAACAGCAUUCCGCCCUGGUCAGCCAGCAGCUCCAUGAGAGGUUCCACCAGCUCCUCCUUGUCUGAUCACUGGCUCAUGAGGCUUGGGAGCCACAAUGGCAACAGCACGAGGGGAAGCCUGUUGUCCUGGAGCUCCGCCCCCUGCCCUUCCCUGGCCCGGGUGCCAGACUCUCCAGUCUUCGCCAACAGCUUCUGCCACCAGGAAAAGGGAGGGGUGGAGUCCAGGCCUUUGGUCCGGGGCAUUGGUGGCCGAAGCAUCAGCAUGAAGGCUCCCACCACUUCUCGAUCUGGGCAUGGCCCCUUCAAGACCAUGCCCCUCCGGUGGUCCUUCGGACUCAGGGAGAAACGACCCGAAGCCUCUGUUGAGUUGGUGGAGUACCUGGAGUCCAGGCGAAGACCUCGCUCCACCAGCCAGUCCAUCGUGCCGCUGCUGACGGGUGCUGCUGGUGGGGACGAGAAGUCAGCAUCGCCAAGGUCAGAUGUCACUCUUCCUGCUACGGGCGAAGACAGUGGUCAAGUCAGCAGGCAAGGACCAGCUGGGAUGUCCUGUCCUUCAGGCCACCCCAACAACCAUCUGGCUCCUGGGUCCUUAGAUGGUCUGAACAUAGCCAGGCCACGAACAGGAAACUCAAGUCAGGAUAUCAGGCUCCCCAAAAGGUUUGACUUGCCUCUCACUGUGAUGCCCUCUGUGAGGGCUGAGAGACCGCUCCGCCCUGAGGGCCAGAAGGCAGCCACCUGGAAGGGAAGUGACCAGGUGGGAAGCCAGAGCAGCCCUCCCUCUCCAUCUGAGGGCUUGCUCAGAACCAGCAAGGACAGUGGCCGAGGCACCUUACCUAAGAUGAGGGCUGCUGCAGAGGCAAGGGCCCCUGAGAAGGACAGGGGACAGGGCACAUUCACUCUUCUGAGGUCAGUGUUUUGGAAGAAAGAACACAGGAGAGCUGUGAGAACUGAGGACUCCCCACCAACACCCCCAGUCUCCUUUGUGAGUGGCAGGCUGAGCCCCACCGUGGACAAGCAGGCCCGAGGCUCAUCUCCUGCCCUCAGGGGUCGAGAGAGCCCAGCCAGGGCCCUGGGCAGCCACAUGGAGAGGGACGUCCGAUCUGCGCCCAGCUCUCUCCACCUCCCCCGGAAAGCCAGCAGGCCCCCCAGGGCCAGUGCCAUCUCCCAAAGGAGCAUUCCUGGGGACCAGACUUCUUACGGCACCUUGCAAAGAGUGAAAUACCACACUCUUUCUCUAGGACGGAAGAAAACCUUACCCGAGUCUAGCUUUUGAAGGGACAUUUCAGUAUUAUGUGAAGCUGGCAUUCACGGGGCUGUGAACUGACCAGUUGCAGGCAACCUGUAUCCAGAAGUGGAUUUUCUAGAAGCUGGUUGACUUGUGACCCCUGGGGGAAAAGAAAAAAAAAAAAACAAAACUGAAUUUCCAGCAUUUAACUUUCCAAAUGCCCCACUA